GGCCCGAGUAAAACUCUUAUUUAUCCACCAUCUUUGGGGUUAAUAUUGCCCAGCGGUGCAAAACGAACUGCACGGUGGUCAUGUGAUGUACACGGAAGUGUAACUCCUCUGCACCGCAGUUGUCAGUACCUUGCAGAGUUGUAGAACCGGUCUACACCGUUAACGUCUAAGUAGUAUAUUGAAACAGCUGGUUAAUGUAGCCUAGGUUAGUAGUCAGCUCGUAUCUAGUCGUCUCUGCGGUCAUGUUAUUGUUGAGUGUUGUUAGUAGUGUAUGUCUGCUCCUAGCGACACUACAGGCGGUACAAUGUGACGCCGAAUUGAACACAUCUACAGGUGAGAAUACCGGACAACUCGGGAAGUAUUCGGUGCAGCUCGUGACUAACUCGUCCAACGGCACCGACCUAACCUACGGCUUCGUCUCGUGCGGGGUGGCCGUUCUGUUUUACGGUUCUAACUUUGUCCCCGUGAAGAAGAUACCCACCGGAGACGGUCUGUUCUUCCAGUGGGUGCUGUGUGCAGCAGUCUGGAGCGUAUCUCUGGUGGUCAACAUUAUUCUGGGGUCUCCCACCUUCUGGCCGCUAGCCAUGCUGGGGGGGGCCAUCUGGGCUACAGGUAACAUCACGGUGGUCCCCAUAGUGAAAACCAUCGGUCUGGGUCUGGGCCUCCUCAUCUGGGCCUCUUUCAACCUCCUCAUUGGUUGGGCAAGCUCCAGGUUUGGCUGGUUUGGGAUCGAUGCUGAGGAAGUUUCUAACCCAACACUCAACUACUGUGGAGCAGGAUGCUGUCUGCUCAGUGCUGUGAUCUUCUUCUUUGUGAAGAGUGAUGUUCACAGUCAGUCCUCCAGACCAGAAGAGGAGGAGCCACUACUCAUAGACGGCUGUGUAAAUGCAGAUGGUGGGACGUCGUCUGAUGACUCGUGGGUUGACACACUAAGACCGCGGACCAAACGACUGGUAGGUUCUCUCCUAGCUGUGGCAGCAGGUUUGUUGUACGGUACCUCUUUUGUUCCAGUUCUCUACAUUAAGAACCACGCAGCACAUCAUGACAGCCACUUCACCGGGGCAAGCCAGUUUGAUCUGGACUAUGUGUUUGCCCAGUUCAGUGGGAUAUUCCUGACCAGUACGGUCUACUUCCUGAUCUACUGCGCUGCCAUGAAGAACACACCUAGAGUCUACCCUAGAGCAAUACUACCUGGUACACACACACCUAGAGUCUACCCUAGAGCAAUACUACCUGGUACACACACACCUAGAGUCUACCCUAGAGCAAUACUACCUGGCUUUGUCUCUGGGGUGAUGUGGGGUAUUGCUACCUGCUGCUGGUUUCUGGCCAACACCUACCUGAGUGCUGUGGUCAGUUUCCCCAUAAUAACCACGGGUCCUGGUCUGAUUGCAGCUCUUUGGGGAGUGGUGGUCUUUAAGGAGGUUAAGGGUUGGUGUAACUUCCUCAUCCUGGGCAUGGCGUUCUCAUUGGUUCUCGCUGGAGCCCUGCUAACAGCCUUCUCCAAGGUGUGACACACACCUGGUCUAAGGUGUUAUGACUUUCCGCCAGACACUCAGGGAACCAGGAUGAGGAUGGUUACUGUACUCCAAAAGGGAACUGUCUUUUCACCUAGUUUCUAACUAGAAAUUAUUUCCAUAGUCUCUUAAUAUUUUAAUGUUUGAUAAAAUUAUUUGUCUAUUUCCAUGAAUUCAUCUCAAAGGGAUACUAUUUUUUAUGAAGUUAUCUAAUGUGAUACCAGUGGAUGAAGAGGUUUAACUGUAGAGUCAAUACUUCCUGUUGAUCCGGCCAUCCAAUGUACGGGAAAUUGCAAGUCAACCUGCAAAGUAAACACUUCUAAGAUCAACAUGACUAAACUAGAAAAAGGUAAAUUUGUUGAAGAAAAUGCGUGGGCUUUCAGCUCUAUGAAAGGUUUUGUAGCCUACCAUAGCCAUUUGAUAUGUUGAAUAAUUAUAUAAAAGGCGUUGUUGGGUUCUGAGAAUAUGAAAUAUACUUAUUCAUGUCACUGAGGGUAAUGUAUAACGUUUACAUUAUGUCAGGAUAUGUCACUGAGGGAGGGAGGGUAAUGUAUAACGUUUACAUUAUGUCACUGAGGGAGGGAGGGUAAUGUAUAACGUUUACAUUAUGUCAGGAUAUGUUAUUGUUUGCCAUUGGGGAUCCUCUGCGAGGAGAAGAGACAGUCUGGUACCAGUCACCAUGACAGCCGUGAGUUGGGGAGGAGUGAGCCAUUUGGGGUUAGAGGUCAGACGAAGUGAGGAAGAACAGAUAUCACCAAGGUUCUGCCUAGCAACAGAGCUGCAUUGGCUGUUCAGAUGUGUAGGAGACUCGGCAUAGGAGGAAGGGUUAAAUAUCAGUGCUGUGAAUGUUUUUGUUGGUUCAGCUGUUCGAUCAUUUGGGAUGAAUAAACUUGGUUUAAGCUUU